AUGUCAACGGUGAAAAAAGACGUGGUGUAAAGAAAAUACGGAGUAAAAUUAUAUUUAUUCGCAGUAAGGUUUAAUUUUCCUUUUAAAAAUACAUAAUGGCUUCUUGGCCAGAAGUAACCACUGCUAAAUCUGAGAAUAGGCACGAAAUCAAGUUGUCAGGCGCCGCUAUCUCCAAACGUAUUUCUGAAGAUGGUUUAGACAAAAGUUUGUUUCAAUUAACUAAUAUAAACCUGUUAAAUAUAAGCGAUACGUGUCUCACUAUUAUUCCUGAUGAUAUCAAGCAUUUGGUUAAUUUACAAUCCCUUCUUUUAUUCGGAAAUAAAAUAUCUGAAUUCAACGAACACAUAACCUCUCUGCCGAAGUUGAAAGUGUUGGAUUUGUCCCGAAAUCAGCUAACUCGUAUACCUGAGAGCUUGAAUAAGAUGAAAGAAUUAACGAACAUCAAUUUGAGUUCAAAUCAAAUCGCCGAAAUGCCAAAAAUCGGUGAUAUGUUGAAUCUUAUAACAUUGGAUCUUUCGAAUAAUAAACUGACGAGUUUCCCGGAUAUGGAAGAAGCAAAUUUCCCGCAUUUAACAGAUAUCAAGAUAAAGUGUAACUUAAUUGAAACACUGCCAGGAUAUGUUGCUAAAAGCUUGCAGUCUCUGAAGAACUUUGAUAUUGGAGACAAUCAGUUGAAGACAGUACCGGGAGAACUAGCAUCUAUGGCUAAAUUAAAAGAACUAAACCUCAAAGGCAACAAGCUAUCUGACAAACGCCUCAUGAAGUUAGUCGACCAAUGCCGCACAAAGCAAGUAAUUGAUUACAUCAGAGAACACUGCCCUAAAUCAGACAGCGCACCACCCACGGGCAAGUCAAAGGGCAAAAAAGGCAAGAAGCAAGAAGAACAAGUACCAGAUGACAAUAUCAGUGAACUAUGUCACUCCUUGAAAAUCUUACACGUCGAAGAUGACACAAUUAAAGUGAAAAUUGAAGAAAAUGAAGUUUGGAACAUCAGGCCGUUUAUAUUGUGCUGUGUUAUAAGUAAUUUAAAGUUUGAUGAGGUGAAAUUCAAGAAGUUUAUUCAGAUGCAAACUAAAUUGCAUGACACGGUCUGUGAUAAGCGCAACAUUGCUACUAUUGCUACUCAUGAUAUGGCGAAGAUACCACCAGGUGACAUAGUAUACACAGCAAAGCCUCCAAAGCACUUGAAACUAAUUCCGCUGUCGAGGGCAAAGGCAUUCACCGGUGAACAGCUCUUCCAGCAGCUGCAGGCUGAGGCAGAAUCAUUGAGGAAAGAGAAGAAACGGAAUGUAUACUCGGGGAUACAUAAAUACCUAUAUUUACUGGAAGGCAAACCAAAAUACCCAUGUCUGCAAGACUCCCAAGGAAGAGUCAUCAGCUUUCCACCAAUCACCAAUUCUGAUGAUACAAAGAUGUCCCACGAGAGCAAAACAAUGCUUGUGGAAGUGACGUCCCACUCCUCUCUCGGUUCCUGCAAGACUGUGAUGGAUAAGCUGCUGCACGAGUGCCUGCUGCUCGGUGUGGCUGAUGAGGAAGAGGGGCCAUACCAUACCCUGACUGUUCAACAGGUAAAAGUAGUCGACAUGGAGGGUAACUUAAAGAGCGUGUAUCCAUCAAGAACAGACUGCGUGUUCGAAGGAGCUCCGGUCAAAGUGUACAGAUUGCCAAAAAAAUAAAAAAGUAAAAAAUUCACAGAUAAAAAAUAUAUAUAUCAUAUUCAUAGACAAAAAUACAUUCAAUGUUCAUAGUAUACAAAAUGUGUGGAACAAAAUUCCUUAUAAACUUUUUUUGUAACAUAAUAUUUAUAUACGUAUAUAUUAUUAUAACAGUACUCCAAAAUUAAUAUGCGCAUGCAAAUCUUCGCUAACUGUCGUAUGUAUUUCCAAAAUGUAUUUCAUUUCACUAAACAAAUUUUACUAAAUUAUGCAUGAAGAAAAUGCAUUUAACCACUCUAUAUACAUAUCGUCUUCGGACGUUACGGGAAUAUGACAGUUACCGAACUGUGACGAAGAUUUAUGUACGCAUUAUCACUUUUGGAGUACUGUACCUCAUUUAUUUGUUCAUUUAGGUUUCAAGAUUAACAUAAUAUAAAUUUAUAAAAUAUUUUUUGAUGUAUA